AUGGCCUUUCAACCAAGUUUUUCCCUGUCGGAGGUCUUGGCCGUCGCCAAGAUUCAUCCUUUCUACAAUCAUGAGGUAAAAUAUCCUCCCGGAGCAGAUGUCAUCAAGGCAACUAGACAGCAUUUAUCGGGGCGAAAUGAAGAGGCCGAUUUGCUCACCCAGCCUUUACUAUGGAAGCGGGAUCUCUACUCUGUAAUCGGACGGCUCAUAGCUGAUACAAGUCCCCUAAACACGUUCCGGCAGAGCGUGUACACGAGUACAACAGGCGGCGGAUCGAACUCCAAGCCUUUGUUUUUCGCCACCGAUGUGCACGAAAACCGUAACCACAGGGCAGCCUUCGGACGUUUUCUCCGGACAAUCGGGCUCAUCGAGCAAAACGACUGGGUUCUGACCACCCACUCAUCGGGUGAAUUAUAUAGGUCACUCGAUCUCACAUUGGAAAUCCUGGAGAAUGCAGGUGCUUCCGUCCUAGCAGCAGGUCAUCACAUGCCUCCUGCUGCUGUUGUGAAACUCUUGAUACAGUACCACAUCAAUGUCUUGAGUGGCGACUCGAGUCAGGUUGUGUCCAUGGUACACUACAUCUCAACUCUGACGGCAUCGGAACGUGAGCGAGUCAAAAUUAACAAGAUCAUUUACACCUCGGAAGGACUCUCGCCAUCACAGAGAGCACAUGUCCGAGGUGUCCUAGGAUCCGAGGUCAAGAUAUGCUCUUUCUUGGGCAGCGCUGAGGGUGGCCCCUACGCAGCCAGUGGUCCAUCUUUGAUCGAAGCUCAAUCUACCGAUACUGUAUCCUACCAAGACUUCGUCGUCGACAACCGAAUUACCAAGAUUGAAAUCUUGCCUUCGACGGUAUCGGAAGAUGACGUAGAUCAAACGCCUCAGCCAUUGAGGAAUGGAGAGCAGGGUGUGAUCGCCCAAACCUCCCUCACACGUCUACGUAAUCCCGUCGUGAGGUACAUCACUGGCGAUAUUGGCUCACUCCAUGAACUGCCAGCAAAAGCGCGUGCUAUCAUCCCAGAAUCGGAUUGGAAGCAUAUGUAUAUCCUCCGCCUGCAGGGUCGUGAUCGUCGCUUCAGCUUUGAGUGGAACGGUUGCUACUUUGAGUUUCGUAACCUUGACACAAUGAUGAACGAUGCACAAUUCGAAAUCCUGCAGUGGCAGGUCAUCCUGGACAAGAUGGAGCUUUCCAAGAACCGCCUCUUGGAGAUCCGUGUCCUUGCUCCUCAGCAGGAGACGAAUUCUGGACUUGGCCGGCGAGAAUUGAUUGAGAAUCGCAUUCGGGGAUUCUUUCAGGUAGAUGAUGCGCACGGGGAUGCCUUUCGACUUACCUUCGUCGACAGCAUACCUGAGUUCGAUCUCAGCACUGGUGGACGAAAAGUAGUCAAGUUCAUCGACCGUUUCUCUUCAUAA